AUGGCGGGAGAAAGCAAAAGAGGAACUGAAGGGUGCUGGAGGGUGGCUCUCUCUGCUGAUGACAGAUGGCAGAUUUCCCAGUAUCCCUGGAAUUUUUUGAAGCCAGGACUUCUUCCCAGAAGUCUCUUCUUCCUUACCUACCUUCUCCUCUUCCUUCAGCCUGAGGAAGCCAUCUCAGAGGAGGUGAAAGUAAUAGGCCCUGGGGAGUCCAUUUUGGCCCUCUUCGGAGAAGAAGUGGAGUUCCCGUGCCACCUGUCACCAUACCAGGAUGCUAAAAACAUGGAGAUCCGGUGGUUCCGCAGCCAUGCCUCAGACGUGGUGCAUCUCUACCAGGAGCGGCAGGAGCUCUUCGCCCAGCAGAUGGCGCGGUUCCAGAACAGGACCAAACUCAUCACGGACGAGAUAGCAGAUGGCAGCGUGAGCUUGCACCUCAGCCGCGUGGUUCCCUCCGACGAGGGCCCCUACGGGUGCCGCUUUCUGUCUGGCGACUUCUCGGGUGAAGCCAUCUGGGAGCUGGAGGUAGCAGGAUUUGGCUCAGACCCUUAUAUCUCCCUUGAGGGCUUCAAGGAAGGAGGCAUUCAGCUGAGAUGCAGCUCUAGUGGCUGGUACCCCAAGCCUACCAUCCAGUGGAGAGACCACCAGGGUCAGUGCCUGCCUCCAGAAUCUGAAGCAAUCAUCCAGAAUGCCCAAGGCCUGUUCGUCUUGAAACAUCUGUGGUUGUUCCGAAAGGGAGCCCAUAGCCAAUGUGUUCCUGUUUCCAUCCAGAACUCCUUGCUGGUCCAGAAGAAAGAGUUUGUGGGAGAUAGCAG